AUGAAUGGGAAAUUUUAUUUUUCGGCAGUUGGCGACUCACUGGUGGAAACGGUAAAGCUCCAGACCCUUAGUCGUCAUGAGGAACGUGUUUGGUGCGUUUCAUGGAAUAAUGCUGGUACAAUUCUGGCGUCAUGUGGCGAGGACAAAUCCGUUCGUCUCUGGGUUACUGAAGGCCCCACAUGGAUAUGCGCCUUUUCCUCAACCUUUGAUCACGUUCGCACUGUUCGACACGUGUCAUGGGCUCCAAACGACAGGUACUUAGCUGCCGCAAGUUUUGAUUCAACCGUCUCUAUAUGCCGCGUUGAGGUGACAGACGGUGUAAUUGACCUGCUCUCAAUCGCCGUCCUGGAGGGUCAUACCAGCGAGGUCAAAUGUGUAGCCUGGUCCCCCUCCGGUUACCUCCUUUCCACGUGUGGCCGCGAUAAAAGCGUGUGGAUCUGGGAAUUUGACGACGAAGAGGACUUCCAAUGCGUCAGUGUCCUUCAGCCUCACACCGGUGACGUCAAAUACGUCUUUUGGCAUCCCAUAAAAGAGCAAGUUUUCAUUUGGCUGAAAAGACAGUUACCGCGUCAUCUUUACUCUUCUCCCACCCUCACUUUCUACCAGAUACUGGGUUCCGCGAGCUACGACAACACAAUCAAUUUGUACAAAGAAGAACUUGACGACUGGGCAGUUGCUUGUAAAUUAGUUGGUCACGAGUCCACCGUUUGGAAGGCAGAGUUCUCACCAAACGGCCAUAUUUUAGCCUCCGUAAGUGAGGAUACAACCAUCAAACUUUGGCAUGAAUUACCAUCAGAAACGUCCUUACACUGGGUGUGUUUCAAAACCCUAGCUGGUUAUCACACUGCCCCUGUAUUCGGUCUGACGUGGACUCCUUGUGGUCAUUACUUAGCUACAUGCGGCGGUGAUGACUCUGUCUUUGUGUUUCGAAUAAACCUUGCUUCAGGCAACCUCGUGGGUGAGACUUCAACUGAGGAUGUUGUAGUCUGGCAGCACCUGUCCAAAGUACAUGGAUGUGACGUAAAUUGUGUAUCAUGGAGGCCGAAAAUCUGCAUGUCACAAGGCCCUGAUCGUAGGGCAUGGUGUCUUCUCGCCACAGCUGGUGACGAUCGGCAGGUGAAUUUGUGGAAAUUCCUCCUGGAUUCUGAAUCUGCUGAUCUUGCGCUUCGUACCCAACCUGAGAAUGAUGAGUUUGAUGUGGAUUAA